AUGGGGAGCAACGUUAAAGGAGGUAAUACCAACCGGCCUGGUUUGCUGCAGCAGUGUCGCUCGGCCCACGGUCCCAGCUUCUCUGGACAGUACUGCCAGGUGUUCCUGAGGCAGGGAACCGUCCAGUACUUUGUGGGCAUCUGUGUUCCUGACUCCUGCGGGGAAGAGGAGGUGCAAAUACUGGUGCUGUAUGACAGACUUCGGUUUGGUCAGAUGUCCCUCGUUCCUCCUUUACCUUCCAUCCUGGUGAACCAGUCCACUCAGGAGAUGAUCAUGACUCACUGUUUGCCCCAAACAAUUGCCCCUGAUGCAUCUGAUGUCACCUGCCUGUUUGUGUGUUGUGUAAUGGUAGCAGUUCCUCUCGCAGCCUCCCUGUUCACGGCUAUAAUAAGGUGGCAGCGGAACAGAGAGGUCAACCCUACGGUCGAGUCGUCCCCUUUAAGCGCUGGCCUCAACCUUUACGGUGCCCUGAACACCAACAACUCAUCCGGCAGUGAAGUCAACAGCAGCACAUCAGAAGAAAAUGACACCACCAGCUCCACAAGACCUUGUUUUCCUCGAAGCUGUGUGUUCGGAUGUCUUCAGGCGUUCUCUCUGCAGAAUACCAGCCAGGGCGUCUUCAGCACCUCCUCAUCCGUCCCAGGAGGAGGCUACUCCUCGCUGAACGGCAUCCGUGUUCUCAGCCUGCUGUGGAUCAUCUGUGGACACUCUGCACAGUUCCCUGUAAUCAACAACCUCGACAACUACAAAAACUGGAGGAAGACAGUUGAAAGCAGCCCUGUGCAUGUGCUCACCAUCAGCGGACCUGUUUUUCUGGCUGUGGACACUUUCUUAUUGCUGGGGGGUCUGCUCAGCGCCAGGUCUCUGCUGGGCGCCAUCAACAGGGCUGAAGACAAACUGAGCCCCAGUCUGGUUGCAAACUAUCUCUUCAGGAGGGUAAAAAGGAUUCAGCCGCUGCAUCUGUUCAUCAUGUGUCUAACCAUCGGCCUCAUCUCGUUGGUCCAGUGGGGGCCCUACUGGUUCCCAUUUAUAGACACGCUGAUGGACUGUAAGACGUACUGGUGGGCUAACUUACUGCUGAUCAGCAAUCUGCUCCCAGUCCAUGAGAUAUGCAUUCCUUGGACCUGGUACCUAUCUCUAGACUUCCAGUGUUAUGCCACCACUCCUCUGUUGGUCUAUUUUUACAGACUGAACAAAGGUGUGUUUGUGGUUGUGGCUGGAGGCCUCCUGAUGAUGACCACUGUGGCCAGUGCCGUUAUCACUGCGCUCAUGCAUCUACCAGUCUUUCAGCCGUCUACGAUGACGUCUGAGAAUUAUGUUUUGUAUUACUAUGUGAAACCCUACACAAGAUAUGGUCCAUUUCUAAUAGGCAUCUUGACUGGAAUAUACCUGACAACAAAGAAAGAGCAGCUGUUGAAGCAAAAGUGGAAGGCAGCUCUUGGUUGGUUCUGCUGUCUGUCUCUCAUGGCCCUGGUGGUUGGACUGGCCUACGUCCUCAGGGAGACUCCACAUCGUCCAUCCCUGCCUCACGCUCUGUAUCAGGGGCUGCACAGACCCAUGUGGGCUCUGGCUGUGAGCUGGAUCAUACUGGCCUGUGAGGAGGGCUAUGGAGGCUUUAUCAAGAGGCUCCUGUCGUUGAGUUUCUGGGUUCCUCUGUCCAACAUUAGUUUUGCCUGCUACCUGAUACAUCCAGUGUUCAUCAUCGCCUACAUCGGCUUGCAAGAGACCCCGAUCCACUACUCAGACAUCAAUUUUAUGUACCUGUUCCUUGGUCACCUGAUGCUGACGCUGGUGGUGAGCUACAUGCUGACGGUGUUGGUUGAGAAGCCCUACCUCCUCCUAAAAUCGAGCAGCGUGUAG